UAACUUAUAAAAUCUGAAGAGGAUCGAGACAUUCUGUUUGGGUAAAGUGAAUCCCAUGAAGAAGCUCUCACAUCCUUUGAGUUGGAUAUUUUCAGCUUUGUCAUCCAUCGAAACCCAUGAUUUUCUUCUACAAUCAUUUCCGAGCUUUCAUUCAAGACUUGUAUGGUCGUCAUCAUCAUCCUCAUCCCUUGGCGUUCCAAGUCAUGAGCAUAUUGCCCAUCUCAUACUAGACCAGAAUUCAGCAGAAACAGCGCUGAAAACCUUCCAAUGGGCUUCAAAGCUCCCAAAUUUCACCCACUCUCAGUCCACCUACCGUGCUUUGAUCCAAAAGCUCUGUGCUUUCCGCCGUUUCAACACUGUCAAGGAACUGCUCGACGAAAUGCCCACCACAUUAGGCGUUCCCCCAGAUGAAGAUAUUCUUGUCACCCUAGUUCGAGGCCUUGGGCGAGCCCGGAUGAUCCGGGAUGUCAUCGAGGUCCUUGAUUUGGCUUCCAGAUUUAACAAACCCCCUUCCUUGAAGAUUUUUAAUUCUAUACUCGACGUUCUUGUCAAGGAAGACAUUGAUUUGGCUAGGAACUUUUAUAGGAAGAAGAUGAUGCCGACUGGUGUCCAAAGCGAUGAAUAUACUUUUGGCAUUUUGAUGAAAGGUCUUUGCUUAACUAACAGAAUUGCCGAUGCUUUUAAGCUUCUGCAACUUAUCAAGUCUAGCACUGUAAAGCCCAAUGCUGUGCUUUACAACACUUUGAUCCAUGCUCUAUGUAAGAAUGGCAAGGUUGGGAGAGCCAGAAGCUUGAUGAAUGAAAUGGAGAACCCCAAUGCAGUUACCUUUAAUAUCUUGAUAUCUGCCUACUGUAAAGAAGAAAAUUUAGUUCAAGCUCUUGUGUUGUUAGAGAAGAGCUUCACCAUGGGGUUUGUACCAGAUGUCAUUACCCUGACUAAGGUUCUGAAAAUUCUCUGCGAUGUGGGUCGUGUAUCUGAAGGCUUUGAGAUUUUAGAGAAAGUCGAGAGCAAGGGGGGUGUAGUGGAUGUGGUAGCAUAUAAUACUUUGAUAAAGGGUUACUGUAGAAUAGGAAAGGUGAAACUUGGACAGAGGCUUUCCAGGGAUAUGGAGAAUAAAGGCCGUCUCCCAAAUGCUGACACAUACAACAUAUUGAUCUCUGGUUUCUGUGAGUCUGACAUGUUGGAUUCAGCUCUGGAUAUGUUCAAUGAAAUGAAGACAGAUGGGAUCAGUUGGAACUUUGCUACUUUCGAUAAAUUGAUUGAAGGGCUGUGUUCAGCAGGGAGAAUGGAAGAUGGGUUUAAGAUUUUGGAGCUAAUGGAGGAGAGUAAGGUGGGUUCAGGUGGGCGUGUUAGCCCUUAUAACAGUGUGCUCUAUGGUUUGUACAAGAACAAUUGCUCGGGGGAAGCAUUGGAGUUCCUUUCCAAGAUGCAAAAUUUAUUUCCUAGGGCUGUUGAUAGGAACAUAAGGAUAUUGGAAUUUUGCAAGGAGGGCAGUAUUGAGGAUGCAAAGAGAGUUUAUGAUCAGAUGAUCGGGGAAGGGGGUAUUCCAAGUGUUCAUGUUUUCGAUUGUUUAAUUCGUAGAUUUUGCCAGAAAGGGUGUAUGCGAGAGGCAGUUGAGCUGAUGAAUGAAAUGGUUGUCUGUGGCUAUUUACCAGCAGCAUCAACAUUCAAUGAUGUAAUUAGUGGGUUUUGCAGUCGUGAUAAACUUGGUAGUGCUUUAAAGCUAAUGGAGGACAUGGCUGGAAGAGGUUGCAGACUUGAUGAUGGAAGUUAUAGUCCACUGAUCAAUGCUUUUUGUAGGAUGGGGAAUAUUCAAAAGGCUAUAAUGCUUUUGCUACAAAUGUUGGGAGAGAAUAUCAUACCUGAUGAUUUGACGUGGAAAAUAGUACUCGUCUGUCUUAGUCAAGAAAGGCAGUGGCUGGAGAGCAAAAAAUUACUUGUAAAUAACCUAUUACCGUGUAUUAUUGAGAUGUGAAACAUUAGUCAUGAUUCCAGAUCAAAAAAGGAAAAAAGAGUCGUGAUUUGCUCUUAAA